AUGUGCACCACCAAGUCAGAUGAGGGGAAAGGGACAGAAUUAUUAAGCCCCAUACCUGAGAACGCGUCACCUGGUACAGAGGUGGGCAUCAUUAACGUGCAGGAUAGAGACUCUGAGAAUAACCGACAGGUCCGCUGCUACAUUCAGCUAAACCUUCCCUUUAAGCUGGUGCCAUCCAUCAAAAACUACUAUUCUCUGGUGACCACGGGCGAACUGGACCGGGAACUAGUGUCUGAUUACAACAUUACAAUCACUGCCACCGACGAGGGCUCUCCACCUCUGUCCUCCUCUAAAAGUGUUCAGUUAUCUGUAGCUGACGUCAACGACAACCCACCUGUAACCCGGUGCCUCCGUGUGUUCCGUUACUGCAGCAACGUCACGGUCAGUGUGUUCAUAACGGAUGUGAAUGACAACUCUCCUCAGAUACUAUACCCCGCCCCAGAGGGUAACUCCUUCAUGACCGAGCUGGUCCCCAAAGCUGCGCACGGAGGCUCUCUGGUUUCCAAGGUGAUAGCGGUGGACGCGGACUCCGGCCAGAACGCCUGGCUGUCCUAUCAUAUAGUCAAAUCCACUGAUCCGGGACUUUUCACUAUUGGUCUCCACAGUGGAGAGAUCAGGACACAGCGGGACAUUUCUGAAUCUGACAGCAUGAAACAGAACCUCAUUGUGUCAGUGAAAGAUAACGGACAGCCCUCUCUCUCUGCCACCUGUACCAUGUAUUUAGUGAUUUCUGAUAACUUGGCUGAAGUGCCAGAACUGAAAGAUGUCUCUUAUGAUGAGAACAAUUCCAAACUCACCUCUUAUCUGAUCAUCGCGCUGGUGUCCGUCUCCACCUUUUUCCUCACCUUCAUUAUUAUCAUCCUGGCCGUGAGGUUUUGCCGCAGGAGAAAGCCCAGACUGUUGUUUGACGGAGCGGUCGCCAUCCCCAGCGCGUAUCUCCCUCCCAACUACGCAGAGGUGGACGGCGCAGGAACUCUCCGCAGCACUUACAAUUAUGACGCAUACCUGACGACAGGUUCGCACACAAGUGACUUCAAGUUCAUACGUUCUUACAAUGACAACACACUGCCUGGGGACCAGACUCUGAGAAAAACUAUUGACUUUGCUGAAGCUUUUGACGAUUCUGAUGGGUCCUCAGAGGUAGGCUUGAACUGUUAAACGAUAGAUUUGAUUUGUAUAGGCUAUCAUAGAACAGAACCUAUUAUUUUUCUACAAUCACAGCUAGUUGCCUUGUACAAUAAGCUUUUGACCCCUGGAGUAAAUCAGUAUUCGCACGAGGUAACCUACGUCAAUACCCCAGCUUGUUUCUUUGGCAACUUGUUUUUGCUUUAGAUUGAAUGCUAUUUGUAAUGUAUUGAUGAUAAUUCAUGUCCCCUCACAAUUGAGAUGAAAAAAGGUUGAUGCUGCUAUUUGGUUUUGAGUUGUGAUAUUUCUGUUUGUGAUUGAUUUGGAUUGUUGACAUAGGCCUACACGCUGCACGUUUGAGGUAAACAAUGGGUUAAUAGUUUUGCCUGUUCUAGUGGAGUUCUAGUUGGAAAAGGGUUACAAAAAUAAAAAU